AUGGAGGCUUCUUAUAUCGUCCCGCUCGAAAAGGCCACCGCCUGGAUGAACCACCAGGCCUUUUUUUCCUACCAACCUCAAUCACAGCCUCAACUCCAAUCCCUCUCGAGCUCCAAAGCAGCCAGAAUCCAGAAGCGCUAUGAGAUUCCCGCCCAGGUGGCCCGCAUUACCGCGCUGGCCUGCACCAUCGCCGCAGCAGUGAGAGGAGAUGCCCAGCAGUGGCACGGCGCCCUGCUCGUCGCCUGCGCCGUCAUCUUGGGCCUGACGCGCCUUGCAAACGACCCUCACUGGCGCCACAUCGCCCUCCACCAAGUCAACUUCCUCCUCGUCAUCUCUCUACUGCUUCUGGCGACCGUCGAGAUCCUGCCCAUGUUGGAGCUUCGUUCUGCAUAUCGUCCUGCCGGCGUCGUCACGGGUGCCAUAAUUUCUCUAGCCGCUGCGGUGCUGAUCGCCUCGUGGACGCCGCGGGAGUGGAACCCUCCAGCCGUCAGCUUCGACCUGCUGCAGCGCACGCCUGAUGACGGCCCGGCUCCUGAGGAGACGUGUAGUUAUUGGACCAAGUUCUUGACGUAUGAGUGGCUUACUCCUCUCGUAUGGAAAGGCUGUCGGAGGCAGGUCGAGAUGGACGAACUGCCGCCUCUGCCGUGGUACGACGAGCCUCUGUAUCUAUUGACCAGACUACAAAAUGCCCGCGGGAACAGCAAGUCUACGCUCUGGACCCUAGCGCGGUUCCUGCGCUGGGAAUUGGUCCUCAUGGUGUCCUACACCCUGGUUCGCUUCACCUUCGAGCUGCUGGCGCCCUUUGCCAUGUACCAGCUCCUGGCCUACAUCUCCAGCCCAGAGUCCGCCAUCCUUAGCCCGCUCCUCUGGCUCGCGCUGCUCUUCGUCGGCCCCAUGGUGUGUACUGUUGUGUUUCAGCAGUACAUUUUCACCACCACGCGGCUGAUCGUGCGCGUCAACGCCGGCGUGACCCAGGAGCUCUACCACCGCGCCAUGUCGUCCAUGGAACUCGAGGGCGACAUCCUCAACGACGCCAGGGGGCAGAAAGUCACGGCCAACAAGACUACGCACGCAGGACAGCUGCAGAACCUUAUGGGCGGCGAUAUCGAUUCCGUCACCAUGGCGCGAGAUAUCAUCUCGAUGGUCGUAGGUGCCCCUCUCGGCGCGGCUCUGUCGUUCUACGGUCUAUACAGGAUCCUGGGCUGGCCAUCUAUCGUCGGGGCGGUGCUGCUCAUCGCGGGUGUCCCGCUGCCCAUAUACGUCGCGCAGCUCAUGGCCAAAGACCAGCGCCAGGUGAAGGCCACGCAGGACGCGCGCAUCUCACUCAUCUCAGAGUAUCUGGGCUCCGUCAGGACCAUCAAGUAUUUUGCCUGGGAGAACGCCAUGGCCCACAUCAUCGACACGUCCCGGAGCGCCGAGCAAAAGGUGCUCUGGCGCAUCUCUCUCCUUUGGGCGCUGCUGGGCCAGUCCAUGGAGAUCAUGCCCAUGAUCAGCCUCGUGGCCAUGUUUAGCCUCUACACGGCGGUCCUCCAGAAGCCUCUCACCGCGCAGGUCGCCUUCACGACCCUGUCCCUGGUGUCCACCAUGCGUUCCAACAUAGGCAUGAUCGGCUUCCUCACCAGACACGUCACCAAUGCCAUGAUUUCCUUGGAGCGCUUCGACAAGUACUUCAACAACACCAAGCCCAUGGUCAGCUACCCAGAAGGCCCGUUGCGCAUCCAGAACGCCACCUUCCAGCGUAAUAAGAAGGCCGAGUUCUACCUGCGGGAUAUCUCCAUCGACUUUGUCGAGGGUGGUUUGACUGUGGUUCAGGGAGCGUCGGGCAGCGGCAAAACGACACUCCUCCUCUCUAUCCUGGGAGAGACCAUCAAGGAGGCAGGCGAGGUCGUGCGGCCUGCUGACGUGGGAUUUUCCUCGCAGACAGCCUGGCUGCAGAAUGCCUCCAUCAAGAGCAACAUUCUUUUUAAUUCUGAACUUGACGAGGUUCGCUAUGAUCGUGUGAUCCAGGCCUGCUGUCUGCCUGCCGACCUGGCUGAACUCCCCAACGGCGACGAGACCGAGGUGGGCGAGAACGGGACGGCAUUGUCUGGUGGACAAAAGGCCCGCGUGGCCCUGGCCAGGGCUCUGUACUCUAAAGCACCGCUCCUCCUCCUGGACGACAUCUUCGCGGCUCUCGAUUCCAAGACAGCCGCUUCGCUCUGGGAGUUGUGCUUCUGCAGCGACCUACUCAAGGGGCGCACGGUCGUCCUGGUCACACAGAUCAACUGGAUCGCGCAGCAGUCGGAUCUGGCCGUGAAGCUGGAAAAUGGAAAGAUCAUCAGCCAGGAACAGAACAUAGGCGUGGUUCGCAAACCCAUCCACAUUGUCAAAGAUGAUAUCAACGAGGAGGCGAAUGGAUCUGGCGACAAGCCAACCACCACCAGCGACGGCAGCAACGGCAGCAAUGGCACGUCAUCCAACGGAAACAGUAAAGCAGCAGCAGCAAAGAAGCCGGUCCCAGUCAAGAAGGAUGAGAUUGCCGAUGAAAUGAGGGCCACAGGAAACACGGGUCGUCUGUCCUUUUUUCAGUACAUGAUCUAUUACGGAGGCGUGGGUUAUGCCAUCUUUGCUCUUGUCUCAUCAUUUGUUGGCAUUGCCGUUUAUCUUUCCAUCAAUCUAUGGGUCAGUCGCUGGGUUGACGACGUGGGUAGUGGCCAUGCAAAAGACGUCUCAUUUUAUCUCGGCAUCUACACUGCCCUGUCUGUUGGUUAUCUCUUGCUCGACGCGUUUAUCUUCCUGAUUUACGCCAAUGGUGGAUGGAUUGCCGCGAAAAGACUUCACGCCACUUUUAUCCGGAGUGUACUCAACGUCUCGUUGGACUGGUACAAGGAUACACCAGCCGGCCGAGUUGUGAACCGCUUUUCCCGCGAUAUGGCCUCUCUGGACAAUGUACUCUACCGCCAGCUGCAGAGCACUAUGGAACUCUUCGCAACGCUGGUCCUCCGCCUGGGCGCCAUCUCUUCCAUCAUGCCCAUCUUCCUCCUCCCGGGCCUCUUCAGCUGCGUAGUCGGCAUCGUCGCAGGCGAGGCCUACACGCGCACCGCCGUAGUGGUCAAACGCCUCGUGCAGUCCUCGCGGAGCCCCGUGUUCAGCCAGUUCGCCGACGAUAUGGCAGGGAUUCAGGUGAUACGCGCGCGAAAGGGCAUGCCGCAGGCGUUCGGGAGCCUACUAGCGGAGAGGCUGCGAGUGUUCAACCGCGCGUAUGAAACAAACUUCAACCUGAACCGCUGGGUGGCGGUGCGUAUCGAUGUGGUCACGGCCGUUGUGACUGUGAUUGCGGGUGCCAUCGCGCUGUCCAAAAUCGGGAUCAUCUCUGCGGGUCUGGUGGGCUUCUCUCUUACCAAUGCUAGCAGCCUGUCACAGAAUAUCCUGUACCUAGUCCGCCUCAUGAACGAGCUCGAGGUCGAGCUGCAGAGCUUCCACCGCGUGAGGGAGUACGCCUCGCUCGAGCCUGAGGAGAAGGAGGAGGAGGAGGAGGAGGAGGGGAAGAAGAAGAACACCUCCUCUGACGGAAACUGCGCCACCGCCGUUGGAGAUGUAGAGGCACCACAAGCUCUCAUCCCCGCGGAGUGGCCACGCACAGGCGCCAUCGAGUUCCGCAACGCCACGAUCCGCUACGACCCCAACGGGCCCGACAUCCUCAAAGACAUCAACCUCAAAUUCCCUGCGGGCUCGCGCGUCGCCGUGGUCGGGCGCACAGGAUCCGGCAAAUCGACGCUGGUCCUGUCGCUGCUGCGAUUCACGAAUAUUGUAAAGGGCCAGGUGCUCUAUGACGGCGUCGACAUCACAAACAUCCCGCGCAAGCGCCUACGACAGGGGCUCACGGUCAUCCCGCAAGAGGCGGUGCUUUUCAAUGGCACUGUCGGGUCGAACCUUGACCCGGCGGGCGAGAUCGAAAGGGAGGUGCUGCAGGGCGCGCUGCGGAGUUGCGAGGGGAUCGCGAGCUUUCAGUUCCGGGAAGGUAAUGACAGUCACGUUGAAGAAGCGCCGCCAACGAACGAAACGGACCCCCUCCUCCUCGCCCCCACGGAUGCUCCAGCACUCGCGGCCGUAGCGGAGUCGGCGUCGGGCCUCAACCUCGAGACGACGGUGGAUGCGAAAGGUGAGAACUUUAGCCACGGCCAGCGGCAGGUUCUCAGCCUCUGUCGGGCGCUGGUCAGGCGCAGCAAGUUGAUGCUACUAGACGAGGCGACGGCCAGUAUGGACUACGAGACGGACAAAGGAAUCCAGGGAGUGCUUCGAAAGGAGCUAUUCUCGGCGGGCCGAGACAGGACGCUGGUGACCAUCGCGCAUCGGCUGCGCACCAUUGCGGACUUUGACUGCGUGGUUGUUAUGGGCGCUGGUCGAGUGCUCGAGAUGGGAUCCCCUCAUGAGCUGUUUGCGGCCAAGGGGUCCUUUUACGACAUGGUUCAACACAGUGGCGAGGCCCAGGAACUGGAGGCCAUCUUUUCCUCCUCUUCUGAAGAGACAACGGCGCAAUAGAUUGAAGAUCUGUCAUCUGUCUCGCCAAAAGAAAAGAAAAAACCAAUUGAGUAUUUGGAAAUUAUCCAAGAGAAAGGGAGAUUAAAAACAAAUUGCAUGUUUAGUUUUACACAGAUAUAGAGCACACACAAUAGAAAACAAGAGCUGACGUCCACCAGCCGAGAC